CUCACCGCUCGCUGCCACCCAGAGUCUGACUGAUUCCGCAAGAAGGACACACUAUCUCUCAUUCUUUCAGAAAUGUGAAAGAGCCUAAGAAAGACUGUGAGAGAGACGUGCGAGAAGUGAGAGAGACGAGGCAGCCAUAAUGGGCACACCCCUGAGAAGGAAAGCCCCGGCUUCUGAGAUGGCUGAGGCUGAACUUCAUAAAGAGAGGCUCCAGGCCCUGGCGGAAAAACGAAAAAGACAAACCGAGAUCGAGGAUAAAAGAAGACAGUUGGAUGAUCUUGUUCUGCAAUUUCAACAUCUUAGGUCCAAAGCCAUGAGGGAACGGUGGCUUCUACAAGGUACUCCAACGGGGCCUGACGAGAAAGAUGAGGAAAGCAGGAGACAAGUUGAGCAGGAUGAGCUUCAUAUCAAGAAACUAGAAGACUCCAUUCAGAGACUUGAAUCAGAAAUCAUUUUACUGGAGAAUGAGGAAUCACAAAUAUCCGCCAAAGAGCAAGUGCUCAGAGAGAGACUUCGUGAAACAGAGAGCUCUAUUGAAGAUCUACAGAAAAGUCUGCAGAACCAAGACGGAGAUGCAAGAAUUCACACCUGCUCCCAGAUCCCCAGGCUCCCAGGGUUGAACCCUCAAACUCUGUCCUCUGCUUCAGGAGAUCACCAGCACUCAAGAACACCUGCGUUGUACGCCAUGGAGAUCAACGUCGAAAAGGACCACAAGACAGGCAACACCAAGAUCUUGUCCACUUCACGUAUCAGCCCUGAGGCCGCCUGCCAACGCGGCGUCAAGGUCUACGAUGAUGGGCGCAAUGUGAUCUACGAGGUGCAUUCUGGGAGUUCCACUACAGUAGAGAACGGUGUGCACCCAUUGAGCUCAGACGAAGUGGAGGAACUGAUACAUCGAAUGGGUCAGGCACACCACAGACCAGACGGAACACGUGUCACAAUCGUGCCAGGUGAGUCUGGGAUCAGGGAUCAAAGCAGCACGCAUUUGGAGCCGCAAAGCCACGAGAGUGAAAUGAAGAUCGAACAAGAGGAUAGUCCACAAGCACACCAAAGCUUCGAGGGUGAGGUGAAAGAGGUUCCUGAGGCCACCGCUAACCAGCCGAUUACUAUGAUUUUCAUGGGUUAUCACAGCGUGGAUGAUGAAGAGGAGACCAAGAAGCUGCUGGGCUUCGACGGCACCAUCAAAGCUGAGAUUGUUCUGAUUGACGAGGAUGACGAGAAGUCUUUGCGUGAGAAGACCGUCACGGACAUCUCCACCGUGGAUGGCAACGCCGCAGACCUCGUCUCAGGAAGGCCGGUAUCCGAGGCCACCGAACUCUCUUCUGAGGGCCAAGAUGAAAGUACAGCCAAGGAGCUGCCGUCCACAGGUAGUGAGAAAGCUCGCUGUGUAUUGCUGACAGCAGAGAAUGGUCUUUUCCCAGGAGUUGCUGCAGGACCGUCAAACACUCCACCGAAAUCCUGCCAGCUCAUAGAGGAUGACACUGAACUAAAAAGCAGAAGGACCUCAGAGAAGAGCCUGAAAAGCGUCAGUUUCUUAGAUCCGGUCACUGUUAUAAGUGGAGAUAAGAUUGACAUGGAGGUUGAGGUACAAAGCCAAAGCCAGCUCAACCAUGCAACAAAUGGUCAGAAUGGUGUGAAGCACAAAGGAGAAGUGCUGGAUGAGGGUGAAGUCGCCCAGGAAAUACGCUAUCUCGAUGAGGUCCUUGAGGCCAACUGUUGUGACACCGGAGCUGAGAUGACUUCAAAUGGAACUUAUUCCCCGGUGCUCCAAGCAGUAUAUGUUGAUGGAAAUGGGCCAUCUGUUCAGGUUUCUGAUGCACCAUCCUCAAUAAGCAGUGAUGUAAGCAUAGAAGGAAAACAACAGACCAUCUUUGUUGAAGGCAAUGUGAACAGUUUCAAACCAAAUGGCCCCAGAACGAUGAGUGAUGAUUACAAUACGUCACCUGACAAUGAAACGAUCAAGAAAGAGGCCCGAUUUGAGCUCCGUCCCUUCUUUGAAGAGAAAAAGCCAGCAAAGCUUUUCGAUACACCAACAGAGAAAGAAAUAAGGGUGAAAAAGGUCAGGCCUUCAGAGGAGGUCGCAGAGUUGGAGAGAGAGCGCUUAGAGCUCAUUCGUGAUCAGGCGGUAAAGAAAAAUCCAGGAAUUGCAGCGAAAUGGUGGAACCCACCACAGGAAAAGACACUAGAGGAGGAACUGGAACCAGAAAAAUUAGAGUCACUAAAACGAUAUGAAGAGAGAAAGCAGAAGAGACCCGAAACAAGCAGGGUACCGCAAGCACCCCCUAAACAAACGGUCUCCUUCGUCCAGUCGGAAAUAGUAAAUAAGGACGACAUUGUUGUUCAGGGAAUUGAUUUCUCUGUAGCCCGCCAACAGUUCCUUCAGACGGAGCACAGUAAGCACAAACAGCAACAGCCAGCCACAAAAAGAAAUGUGUCUCCUCAGAUAUACUCUGCCAGACCAUUCUUCAGGUCCUCUGAUAUUGAUCGGUCAGGCAGCUCUAUUACAGUCACCAGCCCAGGCAGAGUCACCCUGGACAGUGGUGGCGAAAUGAACAAUGUCAAAAUCGAAAAGGUGUUUUACAGUUCUGGAGAUUCUCCCAUCCAAAGCCCAUCGUCUGACAACGAAGUAAAAAGUGAUGAGUUUACCUGUGCCAAAGCAGUGAUGACCAUCCUCAAGGAUGAAGACUCAGAAUUGCACCAGCGAUCAAUCAACAGUUCCUAUCAUCCUGAGGAGUUAGACUCUGGAUUGGAUGACUUAUCUCUUAGAUCACAAGAUACUACAGUACUCGAGACCUUGUCCAAUGAUUUCAGCAUGGAUAACAUAAGCGACAGCGGUGCCUCCAAUGAAAUCAUCAGUGCCUUCAUGGAGAACUCGCUCGGCGACUAUUCUUUUCCCUCUACUCCACAGGCCACAACACCAAUUAAUGGAAAGUUGGAAAGCAGCACCAAAUCACCAUGUUUCCCCUACCAAACAGACAGCUACACGGAAGAGGAUCUUGAAUAUCACGCCGGCAUAUUGGUGCAAAAUGCCAUCCAGCAAGCUAUUGCACACCAAACAAAUCAAUGGGAACCACUCCAGGCAAUGCAGCAGUCCUCUCCAAUCCCAGUGCAACAGGAAGAGGCUUCAGUACCUUCCCCAGCAACACCUGAAAAGAAAUCUCCUUAUAUACCACCUGAUCCAGAGCCAUUCCCAGUGGAAGAAAAGAAAACCAUCACUCCAAAUAUUACUGUACAUGUGCCUACAACUCCUGUUAUAACCACAAAUGCUUACAGGUCCCCAAGUCCGUCCUCCCCACCAAACGAGAAAUCAGAGUUCAGCUAUUUCAGUAAGUACUCAGAAGCAGCAGAGCUUCGAAGCACAGCAUCUGUGACUCCUGCACAAGGCCCAGAGAUCACCUCAGGGCCUUUCAAACUGCGCUCACGCAAGCAGAGGACACUGUCCAUGAUCGAAGAAGAGAUCCGAGCUGCCCAGGAACGUGAGGAAGAGCUUCGCAAGGAACGGCAAGCCCAAACUGUUCGUCCCAGCAUCAAUCCCAUUCACAAGCGAAAGACCAACAGCCUUCCAGCCAAACUGGUCCUUGGUGGGAAGACAGCUCCUGGUAAAAUUGAAAAGAUCCGUGUUGCCCCGCCGGUAUCUCCAGCUUCUUCAGAUGGUGCACUCCCAUCCCCUCUUUCCGAUCUGGGGAGCGAUGACUCAGGUGGAAACCAGCGGCCUAAAAACUUCAUGCAGACCCUAAUGGAAGAUUAUGAGACACACAAAGUCAGGCGUCGGGAGAAGGCUGAGGACAACACUUAUGUGCGUCUAUUGCUCGCUAAAGAUGUUACAUCUGAGGUUUUAGAGGCUACCCGAGUUACCCGCAGGAAAAGUAACAUGGCACUACGAUGGGAAGCGGGAAUCUACGCCAACCAGGAAGACGCUGAGGAGGGAGAGGAGGAAGAAUGAAGUCAGCUCGCUAUUUAAAAAAAGAAAAAAUAACAAAACCAAAAGCGUGUUGGAGAACCCCAACCAAGUAUUUAUGCUCAGAGAAUAUGUAUAUUGCAGGAUCGAAUAAUCGUUGGAUUUCCAAAUGAUCACCACAGAAGGUCAUUCAGUCAUGUAGUGGGAUCUGUGGAAAGGUUCUCAUAAAAAACUCAAUACGAUACAAUUUGGUAUUCAGAUAUAUUAUUGUGCUUUCUGUCUCUCCUUAGUUUCCAGCAUUUAAAAAAAAAUGUAGUUGAUGUGUGCAGUAUUUUGGGACGUGUGUGAACAAAAUGCUUAUUUUCAUUUUUUGGAUUUCCAUUAUUCCAUUAUUUUAAUGGCUGGGAAAAUGUAAAUUAGCUUCGAGUCGACGAUGCCAACGUGUGGGUUUUCCAAAUGGCUUAAGAAAGAUUAUAUACAGUAUGAAGAUUUGUGGGGUGAUGUGAAGUAUUUCUAUACAAUGAACAAAACAUUUUGUAUUAAAAUAGGAGCAGCUGUUGUGGGUAAUUAUAACGAAGAUUGCUCCUAUGAUAAGCAAGAAUUUCAGGUAGAGUGGGUUGCCAGGGUUCCGCUUCUCGUAAUCAACAAGGAUUGGUUAUGAGAACACAGAGAAUGCAGUUUGUGUUAUUUAUACUCCAGAAGAUUAGAACAACAUGCAUAUUUUAUAGCACAAUAUGUCCAAUUAGAUGUAUAAACAAUUUGUUCCUGGACUUUAUAAACAAUAUUGGCAUCCACUGAAAAUGAAAGACUACAUGGGCAAUAUUUUCGAGACAGAAAAUUAAAGUAGGUCACAAAUGUUUGGCUUGAAGACUUGUAGUGCAACAACAGCCGCAUUGUAAAGUUUUGUAAUCCACAUUAGUAUUCUGAAAGUCAGCUAUUGCAUUAAUACAGCACAAUAAUUAAUACAGCAAUUCAGUUAAAAAGACGACUUCGCCGUCAGCACAAAAUAAGAAACAGAUAAAGGAUUAAGAGCUGGGCUGCUCAUAUCCCAUGUAAAACAACAACUGAAACCACAGACUGACAAAACUGAACUGCGUAUACAGUUUCAGUUUUUAUCUAAUUCCUAUUUAAACAAUUUCCUUUUGUAUUGUGUGGCUGGAGACAACAAUAUUAUACUGUGUGUAUGUUAUGUGUGAUAAAAUGUAAGAUAUAUAGAAGUACAGCUAGGGUUGCCAGAUUGAGAAUAAUAUAGCGGUAGAAAAACACGCUUCCCCAAAUAUUCAUUCUUUUUUUUUUUCUACAGUAGGAUAUUAUUGAAGAAAUCCUCAAUCUGGCAACUCUGAAUAAAUACAAUGUGCAGUGCACCAUAUACAAGAGUGAUGUCAGAUUUUGGCUUGUGUAAAUGAACGAUGUCAGGCUGUGAUACGGAAAAAGCAAUACAGGUGUUUAGAAGCACUAUCAGU